UGUGCUUAGCAUUUGGUUCGUUAAUUGUGCCAACUGUUCCAAGCAGCGAGCGCUACCCAAAAAAACUUAAAGUCCAACCAUGAACAAAUUCGCCACUCUCGCCGUUUUCGUGUGCACCUUGGCUCUCGCCAGCUGCAAUGGAGGAUAUGGAGCUCCCAGCUAUGGCCAUGGACACCGUGAGGUCUCCAGCUAUGGACACCGCGAGAACAACGGUGCUGCUGCUGCCAGCGCCGCUGCCGCCGCCGGUGGCAAUGAUCGUCCCGUAGAGAUCGUUGCUGGUGGUCCCCGUUAUGGCCAUAGCGAGCAUCUGCGCCCAAUCCUCUUGGACUCCGGCUACAAUGGCCACAACCAUGCCGGAUACGGUCAGGUCGUGCAGGCUGCCAACUAUGAGGGCAAGAAGUACCAUGGCAACCAUGGUUAUGGUCAACAGCGCGGCUAUGGACGUCCCCGCUGGUCUGUCCAGCCUGCCGGCGCCACUCUGCUGUAUCCCGGCCAGAACCAUUACCGCAGCUACGCCUCAGCUCCCGAGUACACCAAGGUGGUUCUGCCCAUCCGUGCCGCUGCUCCAGUUGCCAAGCUCUACGUGCCAGAGAACCACUAUGGCAGCCACGGUAACUACCACCAACAGGCUCCCCGUUAUUAGAGACCUCAUGAAUCUCUCGUGAAAUUUCUCACAAUUUAACGGAAACGUUCGCUGUCCAAACAGCGCCAAUAAAAUCAACAUCACAAAAAAAAAAA